AUGACAACUGAAGAGAAACUUACUAUUUUAUCAUUUGAUGAAAUGUAUCUAUCUCACCAGAUUGAUUUCGACCGAAAGAAGGAACAAGUAAUAGGGCCACAUAAAUCAGUUCAAGUUGUUAUGGCCAGAGGACUGAUAUCAAAAUGGAAACAGCCUAUUUUUUAUAAAUACGAUACACCAUUGACAUCAGAAAUCUUAUUUGACAUAAUUGAGAAAUUACACGAGGUUGGAUUCAAUGUUGUCGGUGUCGUCAGUGACAUGGGGCCAACUAACCAAGGAUUAUUAAAAUCAAUUUCAGUUUCGUAUGAACAACCAAACUUUAAACACCCAAUUACAGGUCAAAGGGUACAUGUUUUUGCUGACAUACCAUAUCUCAUAAAAUUAUGCAGAAAUAAUUACCUUGACCAUAGUUUCAUUCUGAAAGACAAUGAAAAUGAAACAUUUAUUGGUAUUAAUACACUAAAUGAACUAAUGGAAAUUAGCACACAGGAUUUAAAAUUACCAUAUAAGUUAUCUCACAACCAUUUAAAUUGUACUGGACCAAUGAGACAGAAAGUGAAAUUAGCAUCACAAUUGUUUUCAAACACUGUAGCAACAGCUGUUGCAUAUGUAGGACAAAAGGGAGCUAUAUAA